CUUUAUGAUUGGUUAUAUUAUCCAUCGUUCACACAAUAAUCGAGAGCUACAAUGUAUGGACAAUGUACCAACUAUGUGCCGGAGAGGAAACCGGAGAAUCAAUAGCUAGACAUGGCUUUGGUAGAUUGCUACAGCUCCGCUUCGCGUGGAUUAAAUUGAUCUUCAAUUAGUUGGGUUAGCUCACCUAGCCGAGGCAGUAUGGUACUGAGGAAACGACUAAAACUGUGCCUUUUUUAGCGUUUGUUUAGAAUUAGAAUGUCAGACUGUGCGAGAGAAUAGGGUGGUUGGCCGAUGCCAGAGGCCUUUUCUUGCGUGCUUGGAAUUAUCUUUUAUUUUUAGCGUUAGUAACGAAACAUAGCCAGCAAGCGACAUAGCUUUCAACAGUUUUGAUCUUUUUUUUGCCGCCCUCCCGUAUCGAACAUGAAGAGGGUGAACAGUUUUCAAAGGUUCAUGAACAGCCGCGCUGCAGCUAACAGCCGCUACCAGCCCACCUGCUAUGAGCAUGCCGCUAACUGCUACACACACGCGCUCCUGAUAGUCCCCGCCAUCGUUGGCAUGGCGCUGCUGUACCGGCAGUCGGACAGCGGUUGGGAGCGGGUGACGGCCUGGGUCUACGGGACGGGGCUGUGCGCACUCUUCCUCGUCUCCACCAUCUUUCACAUCGUCACCUGGAAGAAGAGUCACAUGAGGGAAAUCGAGCACUGCUUCCACAUGUGCGACAGAGUGGUGAUCUACUUCUUCAUCGCCGCCUCCUACACACCCUGGCUGAACCUCCGGGAGCUGGGGCCUCUAGCCUCUCACAUGCGCUGGUUUGUGUGGCUGAUGGCGGCCGCCGGCACCAUCUAUGUGUUCAAAUACCACGAAAGGUAUAAACUAGUGGAGCUCGCCUUCUAUCUAACAAUGGGUUUUUUCCCUGCAUUGGUUGUGACGUCAAUGAACAACACGGACGGUCUCCAGGAGCUGGCGUGCGGGGGCCUGAUCUACUGCCUGGGCGUGUUCUUCUUCAAAUGCGACGGGGUCAUCCCCUUCGCCCACGCCAUCUGGCACGUGUUCGUGGCGCUGGCCGCGGCCGUGCACUACUACGCCAUCUGGAAGUACCUGUACAGGAGCCCUGCGGCCGACGUCAUCCGCGACGUGUGA